AUGGCGACAGACAAGAUCGCUUCCGGUCAACACAUUGAGAUGACCCAAGGCUCCGGCCUCGAGGCCCAGGAUGCCAAGAAUGAGCUUGCCAUUGCCGAAGGUGCUCACCUCGCCACUGAGGAUGAGCAUAGCAUGACAGCUCUUCAAGCUUUCAAGCGUUACCGCAAGGCUUGUCUCUGGUCCAUGGUCUUUUCACUCACCAUCAUCAUGGAUGGGUACGACACGGCCAUCCUCGGCUCACUUCAAGCCUUUCCCGCAUUUCGGUACAGAUUCGGUCAUCCGGUCGGUGACGGAUCCCAGUAUCAGCUUCAGCCCAAGUGGCAGGCCGCCCUCGGCCUCUCGAACCCCUUGGGAAACCUGAUUGGUGUCUAUAUCAACUCGUUCCUCACCGAGAGGAUUGGUCACCGAAAGACCUUGCUCUGCACCCUGGUCUACCUCACCGGCGUCAUCUUCAUCACCUUCUUCUCCCGCAACAUUGAGAUGAUGUUCUCGGGCUCUCUUCUAUCUGGCCUGGCCUGGGGUGUCUUCACCACAAUGGCUCCUGCGUACGCUUCCGAGGUCUGCCCGGUCGUUCUGAGGAGCUACAUGGAAACCUGGGUCGUCACCUGCUGGGGAAUCGGCCAGUUCAUCUCGUUUGGAUUGUUGAAGGCAUUCUCGCACGAGGAGACUGACCCCUGGGCUUGGCGCAUCCCCAUUGCCGUACAGUGGACUUGGCCUUUGAUCAUCAUCCCCCUCGUGUGCUUUGCACCCGAGUCCCCCUGGUGGCUCGUCCGCAAAGGUCGCAUCGCUGAAGCUGAAAAGUCUGUCUUGAGGCUGUCCGACCACGACGCACCUGGAGCCCAACGGGCCGUGGCUUUGAUGAUCCAGACAAACAACCUCGAAAAGGCAAUGGGCGAAGGAACCGGCAUGCUGGAUUGUUUCAAGGGCACCAACCUCUGGCGUACUGAGAUUGCUUGCGCUGCAUGGACCAUCCAGCAGCUUUCCGGGUUUGUCGUUAGUGGCUAUGGUACCUAUUUCUUCCAGCAAGCUGGCCUCAAGACGGCGGAUGCCUUCAGCAUGAGCGUCGGCCAGGCUGGGAUCCAUCUCGUGUGCAACCUCAUUGCGCUCCCGGUGACGGGCCGCUUUGGACGCCGCAGGCUCUUUCUUAUUGGCAUCGUUGGAAUGGCCGUCAUGUGGUUCAUCAUCGGGUUUGCCGCCUUGGCCCCGGCAUCCGCUGCCCAAGGCUUUGGCGAGUCGGCUGUGUACCUGGUAUGGUACUGCAUCUAUCAAAUCACAGUCGGGCCUGGAGCAUACAUCAUUGUCGGCGAGACCUCGACCACCAGACUCCGAUCCCACACGAUUGGUCUUGCGCGCAACUGCUACAACAUCGCAUCCAUCAUCAACACCGUCGUGGGACCCUACAUCCUCAACCCAACUGCUGGGAACUGGAAGGGCAAGAGCGGCUUCCUGACGGGCGGUAUUCUCGUCGUGUGCUUUGUCUGGGCUUUCUUCCGCCUUCCAGAGAUGCGCGGCCGCACCUAUGAGGAACUUGACAUUCUCUUUGGCCUGGACCUCUCAGCACGCGAGUUUAAGCACCAGCCGGUGGAUGUUGCCGCGAGGGAGACUGUUAAGGAGGCCACUGAGGAGUAA